GGGGCGGGGCUGGACCCCACGGGCCGGCCGGACCAUGCUGCGCUGGCUGCGGGGCUUCGUGCUGCCCACGGUGGCCUGCCAGGAGGACGAGGACUCCUUCGGCUACAAGAUCCUCUUCCAAAACCUGGACCGCGACGGGGACGGCUUGGUGGACAUUGUCGAGCUCCAGGAGGGGCUGAGAAACUGGAGCUCCUCGUUCGGUGUGAACUCUGGGGCUGUGAGUGACCGAGGGGCGCGCCCGGGAGCGUGGGGAGCUGUGCCGAGAAGUCGUUCCAAGAACCGCCUUGAGAUUUUUAAAGCUGGAAAUACCAAUGACGAUUCAGGAUUGGACUUUGGAGAAUUUAUGCAGUACCUUAAAGACCACGAGAAAAAAAUGAGGCUGGCAUUUAAUAGUCUGGACAAAAAUAAUGAUGGAAUAAUAGAAACUUCAGAAAUAAUUGCUGCUUUGAAAUCACUGGGUAUGCAUAUUUCUGAAGCUCAGGCAAAAAAAAUUCUACAAAGCAUCGAUGGUGAUGGAACAUUGACAGUAGACUGGGAUGAAUGGAAGUACUACUUUUUACUUCAUCCUGCAACAAAUAUUGAUGAAAUUGCUCGUUUCUGGAAGCAUUCUACUAUAAUUGACAUAGGGGAGAGUAUAUCUAUUCCAGAUGAAUUUACUGAAGAAGAAAAGCGUUCUGGAGAUUGGUGGAGGCGUUUGGUGGCAGGAGGAAUAGCUGGUGCAGUUGCAAGGACAUGCACAGCACCAUUUGACCGCUUGAAAGUCAUAAUGCAGGUUCAUAGUACAAAGUCAAGGAGAAUGAGAUUGAUUGGCGGUUUUGAGCAGAUGUUAAAAGAAGGAGGAAUUCGCUGUCUUUGGCGGGGAAAUGGUGUAAAUAUUUUUAAAAUUGCACCUGAGACAGCGCUCAAGAUUGGAGCCUAUGAACAGUAUAAGAAGUGGCUUAGUUUUGAUGGUGCUAAAAUAGGAAUUAUUGAGAGGUUUAUAUCUGGCUCAUUGGCUGGUGCAACUGCCCAGACCUGUAUUUACCCCAUGGAGGUUCUAAAGACCAGACUGGCUCUAGGUAAAACUGGACAGUAUUCAGGGAUCAUUGAUUGUGGCAAGAAGCUUCUCAAACAAGAAGGUGUUAGAACCUUUUUCAAAGGUUAUAGUCCCAACUUGCUAGGCAUUCUACCUUACGCAGGUAUAGAUUUUGCUGUUUAUGAGCUUUUGAAGAAUUAUUGGCUAGAACAUCAUGCAACAGAGUCUGUAGACCCUGGGAUAAUGAUUUUGCUGGGAUGUAGUACAUUGUCUCACACUUUUGCUCAGAUAGCCACCUUUCCUCUGAACCUUAUCAGAACUCGCAUGCAGGCUCAAGCACUGGAAGAAAAAGGAACAACAACUUCUAUGAUUCAUCUUGUUCAAGAGAUAUAUUAUAAUGAAGGAAAAAGGGGAUUUUUCAGAGGUCUCACCCCAAAUAUCAUAAAGUUGCUUCCUGCAGUAGUCAUCAGCUGUGUAGCUUAUGAAAUAGUGAGACAACAUCUGGAAUUAAUUUAAAAAUGAAAUAUCAAAUUGUCAUUACCAAAAUCACUUAAUUGUAAGAUAAUACCUGGCUUGUAAAGAGAAGUUGGUCUUUUCCUAAAAGGAAAGACAUAUCAAAUAAUUGUCAAAACAUUUUUUCUUUAUCUAUUACAAAAUUUAUAAGUUAAAUAACCCUUUUGGUAAAGUUCUUUCAUAAUUUAAAAUUCUUAAUAUCCACAGGCUCCUAUUUACAUUUCCCACUCUUCUCCCCUGAGUCCUAACUUGAAACUUGUUUUUAUUGGGUUUGGAUCUACCGUGGUAACAUUAUAAAACAUUUGGUCACUUGCAGCCACUGAGUUAACCUUUUCCUAUUUAAAUAUUUUUUUGAAAGGCUGAGCUUGAAAAUGUCUAAUACACUAAAACAAAAAUCAUUGCAUUUAAAAUUGAUGUUACAGCAAAUGAUCACAGUUCAUGUCUCUUUUUUAAGCAAAAAGGAACAUUGCUUUCAUAAUGUCUUCACAGUUCCUUCUAUCAGAUUGUGGAUGGAAUAAUGAUAGCACGAUAGCAUAUUUCUCUUCUUCAGGUACUUUAUUUGUAAAUAUAAACACUGUUGGUUCAUUUUUUUUCUUUAUA